AUGGUGCGCACCACGCCUACCGAGACGAUGGUUGCCAUGACGCUGAUCACGCUGCAGUGUUUGCGCCGGUUCUACGAGACCUGGUUCGUGCAGGUGUUCUCGAGCAAGCUGAAAAUCACCCACCAGUGGUACGUGGAAAACAUUCACAACUAUCCGAAGCAAAGGAAAGCACUCGUCCCGUUCGUUCUGUGAGAUCGACGGUGAGGAUGCGGAUAAUAUCAUUCCGGUUGUUGGGCUUUUUUUUAGGAUCGAAAAAAUGGUAAGGUUUUUGUCCAGCUUUUUUAGGUCGCUGGUUUCCGGCUGAUGGGAUUCAGCUGGUUUUCCUGGAUCGUCUUUGAAUGCCUUGUUACACGGACCGGUCGUCGAUGAACUCGAGAUGCACCGCAUUGACAAGCGGCAGUAGCAGGAUGCAAUCGACGUGGCCGAGCUGGCAGCGAAGCCGUUUCUCGGUGAGCCAUUUACGCCGAAUGAGGGUGGCCAAGAGCUGGCUGCAUACGUUCGAUUCGUUCGAUAUUCGUUACGCACACGAUCAAACUGUGUAGCGAUACCGAGUGUGUCCGGCCAUCGAGACUAGAAGCAUAGCGGAAGCUACGUUGCGUC